UGACGUUUGUAACGCUGAGGCAGGUUCAGGGAAGAUUCGGGUAGGUGAGCAGGGCUGGGGCUGUGGUCCUGGGCCACUAUGAGCUGCACCAUCGAGAAGAUCCUGACAGACGCCAAGACGUUGCUGGAACGGCUGCGGGAGCACGACGCGGCCGCAGAGUCGCUAGUGGAUCAGUCCGCCGCGCUGCACCGGCGAGUGGCCGCUAUGCGGGAGGCGGGGACGGCGCUUCCGGACCAGGUCGGGCAGAGGUAUCAAGAAGAUGCAUCCGAUAUAAAGGACAUGUCCAAAUUCAAACCUCACAUUCUGCUGUCCCAAGAGAAUACACAGAUUAGAGACUUGCAGCAGGAAAACAGAGAGCUAUGGGUUUCCUUGGAGGAACACCAGGAUGCUUUGGAACUCAUCAUGAGCAAGUACCGGAAGCAGAUGUUACAAUUAAUGGUUGCUAAAAAGGCCGUGGAUGCUGAACCAGUCCUGAAAGCUCACCAGUCUCACUCUGCAGAAAUUGAGAGUCAGAUUGACAGAAUAUGUGAAAUGGGAGAAGUGAUGAGGAAAGCAGUUCAGAUGGAUGAUGACCAAUUUUGUAAAAUUCAGGAAAAACUAGCCCAAUUAGAGCUUGAAAAUAAGGAACUUCGAGAAUUACUGUCCAUCAGCAGUGAGUCUCUUCAGGUCAGGAAGGAAAACUCAAUGGACACUGCUUCCCAAGCCAUCAAAUAACUCAGCUUCUGAAUGACAGCUGGAGAUUGUUUAUCAAGGAAGGAAGUUAUUAUCUUUCGAGUAUUGUCCAUCUAGUGUCUUGCCCCAGACUUGAUUUAGUGUUGAUUAAAGGUAUCAGGUGGCAGUUUAGAAUUCGCAGUCAAAUUGGCUGUCCACAAACGGUUUUUGGGUAUGUUCGUGAAAAUACUGAGUUUCACCAUUCCUUUCUCUAAGAGACUACUUUUAAUUUUCAGUUCUGGGACCUCAAUUUAUAUAAACUGUUAUCGGUUCCUUUUUGUUUCUUCACAUCUCUCAAACUUAGAUCCUUUUAUUAUAAGCCAGCAAUUUUAUUUUAUAUAGGAUUAUAAAUUACAAUUCUAAAAAAUUUUUAAGAGAUUAGCUUUUUAAAUCUAUUUGGCAUAAACCUAGAUUUUUUUUUUCCAUUUGAGAAAAUACAAUUCCACACAACUAGAUUGGCAGAUUCUCUGAUUUGUACUGUCAUUCACCUCCUUUGAAGUUUUAAGUCUCUCUGGUGCUAAGAGUUGGCACUUUAUGACCUGGUGUCUUUACUCUUAAUUUGAGAGAACCUACUGUUAGUCCCCAAGAAACAUACUUGAAAAUAAGUAACAGUAGGGUCAUCAUGUUGUUCAAAGAAUCCUGAGAAAUUUGUCCUGUGUGUGUACACAUACACAUGUAUUCUUAAUUCAAAUGCUGAAAGUAGCUGUUACUCUAUUAGAUAUUAGUAGUCAAUUUUUCAAUAUUGUCCUCCUUGGAAAACUUCAACUUGGAUGGUUUACUCAGUUGAAGAGCAUAUAAUGGGUUUAUUCACAUCAUAGUUUUUAGGUACUACAUUCUAUUUAAUUUAUAUAUAACUUCUAUUUUAUAGUUAAGAACCAUCACUUACUUGGAUGUCUUUCAUUACUAGUACUGAUAGUUCGCUUUCUUUUUAGAUCCAUUUUUCAUGAGGAAGCAAACUUUUAUCACCUAAUGAGAGUUACCACAUUUGUUGUGCUGUGUAGACAACAAAGCAGUGUUGAGAUUCAAAUGCUGAGCCGUCAGCUAGGCUCACUCAUCAAUUCACUUGCCUAUCUCAGUUUAGUCACAUGCCAAAUUCACAAAUUACUUCAUGUUAUACUAUCCAUUUAGGUUUGCCCAAAAAUAAUUGAAAUAAUGAAUCCUAAACCUGUCCAUAUUUUCCAGUAGCACUAAGCACCAUACUGCAGAGGAGAGACACAGUAUUAAAAAGAGUUUGUUGUUAGUGCUUUUGUGUGAUAUAAAAUUUCUUUUGUACUGCCAUAAAGAAGUAACUCCAGUUAAAACAAUAAAACCUCACUAAGAUAUCCUGAAAGCAUCUGAUCCCACUAAUACUGAAAGGACUUGGCCUAUAGUCAUGAUCUUUAAUGAUUAGGUAUAUGUCAUUUAAGAAACUCAAAUUUCUAUUCGAAGUCCUGCUUAGAAUUUGAAAAAUACUUCCACCCCCACUGUAGGCAUUUUUUUUUUGUUUCCCAACAGUAAGUAAAACUUAAGUCCAGCCAUUUGGCUUGAAGUAUAUGCCCUAAGUGCCACCGUGUGUCCCACAGUUCCACUCAGGAAGCAGGUACCCCUACAUGAUAUGUCCGCUGCCAUGGCCAGUUUUCAGUAAAAAUGAUAAAAGUCAUUAAAUGGCCCAUUAAAGUAUGACAUGGUGUCUAUCUACCUUAUGUUCCUUUAAAGUUGUUUAUAAAGUUGUUCACAUCUCAGAUACCAGGAUAAAUUUAUGUUAACUUUUCCCCCUGGCAAAUCAAAAGCUUGAAGUUUGAGUGAAAGAGCUCUCAGUGCCCUACAAAAUGUAAAUUCUGGCUGGUGUUAAUACAAAUACAUAAUUUCUAAUAAAAACAUUUUAAGAGUAAUAGUUAAUUUUACUCAGUAAUGAAUCUACUUAUUAGGAAAUACAAAGGUUUAUUUUUCACAUAUAUAGCAACCUGUCAAGUACGGCUUUUCAUAAGUAUUUUGUAAUUAGCAUAAGGUAGUCAGCAGUAUAACUACAAAUAGCUGUUUCUUAAAUGGUUUUAGAGAUUUCCUCAUGAUUAAAAAUCAAAAUUAUACAAUUACAACUCAUUAUAAAAUUAAAACUGAGUUUGGAAGUACCUUAAAAAAUACUUAAAGAUUAUCCACUUUUACCUUAAUAAUACUUUACCUUUUACUUUGACUUAUAGUAAUACAUUAUGCAUAAUUUGAUUCAAACAUUGAAGGUCUAUUUCAGUGUUCCCCAAAAUGGUUUGCUGACUACUGAAAUAGAAAUUUGGGAAUGGGAUCUAGCAAUUUGUAUUUUAAUAAUUGUCCCAGAUAACUUCUAAGGAUACUAGUUUGAGAAUGUCUAAUCUACUAUGUACCAGACACUUCAUUCAGGAUUAUGAAUAGAAAAAAGGUGGGGGAAAGGCCUUGACACUUUUUGAAGAAAAAUUUGGUAGCAAAGACAGACAUAUAAUUACAGUGCAGUGAUACAUCCAAUAUGAGACUGUAUAGAAGGGGCUAUACGGAGGAGAAAGCUUGGUGCUUUCUAGUUAUCAUAUAAUCUCCAUUUCAACUGUACCUCAUUUUACACAUACUCAGGCACAAGGAGAUUAUGCUAUAUGUCUAAACUAGAACCAAGAUUCUAACCCAGAGAGACUCAAACAUAUUCUUAACCACUAAGUUAAGAUGCCUUUAAAUGCCAAAUACUGGUUGGAGUUCAAGUGGUUCUUGAUUAGCAAAAUGUUUUUAGUAGUAGUGCAAAAGAAAUAACCACAGCCCAUAUACUAGAAAAUACGAAUUCAAUAAAUGGAGUCAUAACUAAUGAAACUUGUCAUCUCUUUCUAGAAUGAUGUAACCGAGAGCUUGUAUGCAUACAACUAGCAUGGACAGUGUUUAAUUAGUGGUCACCUGUGUACGGAAAAGUGCAGUUCUGUCUUUCAAAUCUGCCUCCUUAGUGUGUGGCUUUUCAUCCUUCAUGUUCUUUUGGUUACAGAAAGGUUGGCGCUGUAUCAGAUGUCUUGGCCAUAUUGAAGGCAAGAAAAAAAGGGAAACGGCCUAUGCCAACUGUGUGUAUACUCUUUUAUGAAGAAAAGCAAAGCUUUCCCAGAAAUUCCAGACAGAUUUCCCUGUCUUAGUUGCCUACCUCUUUAAAUGGUCACUUCUAUUUGCAAAGGCUGGGUACAUAGUUGCCUCAAAUAACAUCAGUAUUCUAUUAGCAAGGAGGAAAGAGUAUUGAGAAAGCAAUUAAUGAUGUCUGACAAGCCCUUUUACAUUGAAUAGUUUUUAACAAGUGAAAGCAUUAGCUGAAGGUGUUGGUGUUGGGUAGCCAAGAGAAUGGGCUGUGGCAGACAACUGUCAUUUCUUUUCUGGCUGCCCAAUAUCCUUAUUCCUAUCCUGUUUAGGGAAUCCCUCACCUGAUGAGGCAAAGCCUUCCUCCCUCCUAAGAAAUUUGAAAGCGUCAGAUACAUGUUUUCCCGGCCUCUUUUGCAGCUAAGGAAGAUGCAUCCACCUCAAACUUUAAAGUUAGGCAAAGAAGCAGGAAACUGUACAGAAUUCUUUGAGUAAAGGCCUACAACACUGGCUACUAUAUGCAGUUCCACAGAGGAGCAGCAGAAAUGGCUUUAAUGACAUUCAGUAUCCAGUGUCAGCAAAGUCAGUGGUGUAAGCUGCAGUGAAAUAGAAAAGACCCCACACAGUGGGGUCUUCACUGAAGCAGUUAUCUGAAGAGAUUAGAGGCUCUGUAGCCUCUAAUUCUGGUUUUCUGGCUGUCUUAGAGAUCCUGAGGAUUGCUUAUUAGCCUUCUAAUAAAAUCACUUUUUGUUAAACUUAUCCUGAAUUGCCUAUAAAGAAUGCUGAUUGAUAAAAUAAGCAUAGUUUUAAAAACAACCAUGCCAGGAGCACCUGGGUGGCUCAGUCAGUUAAGUGCCCAACUCUUGAUCUCAGCUCCAGUCUUGAUUUCAGGGUUGUGAGUUCAAGCCCCGUGUUGGGCUCCACGAUAAGUGAGGAGCCUACUUAAAAACAAAAACAACCAUGCAAAUAUAAAUUUUGCCAAUUACAUAGUGUUGUACUUACAUUUCAAUAUUUGACACAUAAAAGGAUGUGUAACAUGCAAAUAGAUUAUCAAACAUAAUCAUUUGUCACCUAAGAAUUAGAACAUUACCCAUACUUUGCAUUUAUCUAUUUGAGUUCCUCUCCUGUCUCUCCCCACCUUCCUACUCCCCCUUUUUCAUAGUUCUCUCACAUGCAAAAAGACCUAAAAUAUGUAUCCCUAAAGUGACAUUUUUUAGUUUGGUUCCUUUUUGAGCUUUAUAAAAAUGGUAUCGUAUGUUACACGUAGUCUAUGGGGAUCUGAGUUUUUUCACUGAACAUUAUGUUUCUGAGAUCCUUUUAUACAUAGCUGUCAUUUAUUUCCACUGAUGUACAAUAUUUCAUUGUCUGACUAUAUAAUAGAUUGUUAAGAUACAUAUAUAAUAGUACAAUUAUGCAUUUUAAAAAUCCUUGCUAAUAUCUGACAUUCUUAAUUCUCCAUCUACCUCAUUUAGAUUAGAUACAUUUCACAAUAAGCAGUCAUAUUGCACAUUUUUCAGCUAUUUCACUUGCAGUUGUCUCAGCAACCUUCAAAGGGAAUUAAGGACUAUUAUCUGCUAAUAUAAUGGAAAGCAGAUCAUGCUUUUUCUUUUGUUAUUCACAAAGAAUCCUGAAGAGGAGGCAGAACCUUCAGAGCUCCUGAAUGAACUACAAUUCACUCAACAUUUGAUCUAGCCUCCUGAAAAUACCAGUCCUAAGAUUCAUUUUUUUUCAUAUUUUAACAUCUCUGAAAUUAGGAUAGGUCUUAUACAUGUAGGGGUUUGUAAUGUAGUUGAUUCUAAGCAAAAGCAAAAUUGGCCACGUUCCUGAUGGCAUGACUGGCCAAAUGAAAGCUCUUGGUAUUUUGGUCAAGAAACUAUUUUAAGGGGCGCCUGGGUGGCUCAGUUGAUUAAGCAUCUGCCUUCGACUCCAGUCAUGAGCAUGCUUCUCCCUUUCCCUCUGCCUGCUGCUCCCCCGGCUUGUACACUCUCUAUCUCUGUCAAAUAAAUAAAAUCUUUAAAAAAAAAAAAAAACAAACUAUUUUAAGCACUACUUGAGAAGGGAGUAGGGGUUUAGCUGUUGUCUGUGAACUUUCCAUUCAUGUGAACCUUCUUGUAAGAUCAAGAGAGUGCCAGCGUAAGAACCUGGGAUAUGGCUGUAUUCAUUCUCUAC